AAAAGAAAGGGUACAUUAAUGCAACGUGGCUUAAGCAGUAGCAACAGAUGGCUUAAGGAUAAUAGAGAGUUUGGACCUCUUCUUGGCCACACUCUGAGUGCGCCUCUCCCUUUGCUCCUUCAGCCUACUGGCAAGCAACUUCUUGUAUUCCUGAGCCUCUGUCUUAGCCUUGGCAAUCCUAAGCUUCUUCUGAGCAAUUUUGGCCCUCUUCCUCUGGAGGGUCAACAGAGUUAUCAGCCUCUGUAUUUUAGGAGCUUUGCUAACCUCCUUUCCCUUUUCAUUAGUAAAUGUCCUGCGGUAUGUGUUGACAUACUUCCUGACAUCAUCUUCCUUGGACAGGUUGAAGAUUGAGUUUCCUAAUCUUUGACGCUAUUUUAGGACCCCUCAUCCUUGACUUCUCAACAUCAGUCAAUCCAGGAAGGUCAUUUUCACCCUUCUUCACAAUGACCAAAUUCAGAACUGAGAGGUAAGGAUUGACAAUGCACCCACGUACUGAUUUUCUUCUCCUCUCACCAUCACGCCUUCCAUAACCCCGGAAACAAGGAGUACCUCUAGGCAGUAAAAGGAGAACACGGUUUGGAGUCAAGACUCCUUGCUUCAUGGAAAUCCUUGUUUGUCACAUCCACCCAUGAUCUUGAAUACAUAUCCCUUAAACUCCUCUCCCAAAGCAUCACCACUGACUUCUUGAGAGAUUCUCUUGUCAUAAAAGGCACAAAGUUUCUGUUCAUCAUCAAUCUCUAGCUUCUUCUGGCAACCCGUAGUCGGGUUUGCAAUGUUGAACUUCAUCCUCGCUCCCUGGAAAAGAGAACUCGCUCCCUGGAAAA